AUGGGCCUCGUCAACUACUCCGAGUCCGAGUCCUCGGGCUCUGAAUCCGAGGCGGCCCCCAAGAAGGCACCCUCGCAGAAGGCGCCGCCGCCGCCUGGCGCAAAGAAGCCUUUCCAGAAAGUCGUCGACCGAUCCAACCCAGGCAAAAUCGUCGUCAGCCUCCCGCAGACCUCCAGCAGCGCAGGCGCCGAGGGCGCGCAGCCAAGCGACGGACCGCCGGCGAAGCGCGCGCGCACCGACGGCGCAAGCGGCGGACGCUUCUCGGGCUUCAACUCGUUCCUCCCCGCGCCCAAGAAUGCACGCAACGCCGCGGUGUCGAAACCAUCUUCCUCCUCCUCAUCUGCGCCUGGGAACGCCCGACCCGUCGUGAACCUCAAGACGAGCGCAGAGCCUGGUUUCAGCAGAGAAAGGGAAGAGCCUCGAACGGACGGCAAUGCGGCAGACGGCGAUGAGACACCAGCCGGGGGCCUGAGUUUGCCUCCUCCGAAACGAGCGGCCGAGCCGUCGAUACCGCAGGGCCAGAAACCGGCAGACGAGGUCAAGCUGGUCGGCAAGCCUCUAAUGUUCAAGCCGCUGUCCGUCUCUCGGAAGCCGAACAAGAAGAAGAAGUUCGCGCCGGCGGCCCCUACGGGUUCAACACCGCCGGCUUCAAAUGACGCGGGACAAGCCCAAGCCAACGGCGGCGCAGAAUCGCAGCCUGCCCCGGCACCGGCCCCGAAGAAGGUGUCCCUGUUCUCAUUACACACCGAGGAGCCUACCGCUUCAAGAGACGCAACGAAAUCAAGCGGCGCAUACGAGCCGCUGUUCGAGACGCCAGAGACAUCCAACGACGACUACUACGCGCAGUUCGCGGGCGACGCAUACCCCGGCCUUGCCCCGACCACGGCGCCGCACGCAUCCUCCACCGCCGGCCAGUCGCUCGACAGCAUCGCCGACGACCUCAACCUCUCGGCCGCGGCGCGGCGGGAGCUCUUCGGCCGGGGCUCCGCCGCCGCGCACACGGCCACCAGCGUCAAGAAUUUCAACAUGGACGACGAGUACCAGCACAACGAGGAGCUGCGCGCCGCGGGCGACCAGCAGACGCACAACCCCGUGCGUGCCAUCCAGGGCGGCAAGCACAGCCUGCGCCAGCUGGUGCAGAACGUGCACAACCAGCGCGACGCGCUCGAGGACAGCUUCGCCAGGGGGAAGAGCAAUCGCAAGGAGGCGUCGAGCAAGUAUGGGUGGUGA